AUGACAAACUAUCUCCCAGAUCCCUUAACCACUUCCACUAAACCCAGUCUUAUUAAAGAAGAAGAACGAUUUGAUGAAGAAACAUUGAGCUUACAAGCAGAGCGGAUCUUGUACUCCGUUACAUUCCCUAUGGUUUUCAAAACCGCCUUGGAACUUGGUGUUAUUGACACGAUCGUAGCUGCACAAGGUGUAUGGCUCUCGGCUUCUGAUAUUGCACUUCGUCUCCCAACAAAAACCACCAACCCGAAGGCACCGGUUUUGUUGGACCGGAUGCUGGUUUUCCUAGCCAGUCAUUCGAUCUUGACUUCCUGUAUGGUUGAAGCCGGAGAGAACGGUCAAACCGGAAAUGGUGAGAGGCUAUAUGCUGCUGAACCGGUUUGCAUGUUUUUCUUAAACCGUGGAGAAGGCUCAGGUUCUCUCGCAUCUCUGUUUAUGGUUGCCCUAAGCGAAGUCUAUUUUAAGAGUUGGACUCAUCUCAAAGAUAUGGUUUUAGAAGGAAAAGAUGCAUUCACCUCUGCUCAUGGCAUGAAACUCUUUGAAUACAUUGGUUCAAAGGAACCGUUCGGUGAGCUGUUUAACCGAGCAAUGUCAGAAUCUUCUACCCUCACCAUGAAGAAAGUUUUAGAAGUUUAUAGAGGAUUUGAAGAUGUAAAUACUUUAGUGGAUGUUGGAGGAGGAAUUGGAACUGUUAUAAAUCUAGUGCUUUCCAAGUAUCCUCACAUCAAAGGCAUCAAUUUUGACCUACCCUCAGUAUUAGCCCAUCCUUCUGUUUAUCCAGGAGUGGAGAAUGUUUCAGGAGAUAUGUUUAAAGAAAUUCCAAACAGAGAUGCCAUCUUCUUGAAAUGGAUACUACAUGAUUGGACAGAUGAAGAUUGUAUAAAAAUUCUAAAAAAUUGCUGGCAAAGUCUUUCUGAGGGAGGAAAAGUGAUAAUAGUCGAAAUGACUACUCCCGAAAAUACAAAGAUCAACGACUUCUGUUCGAACAUUGUGUAUGCCAUGGACAUGUUUAUGUUAACCCAAUGCUCGGGUGGUAAGGAGAGGUCUUUCUCCCAGAUCAAGAAUCUAGCCUGUGAUUCGGGUUUUGUUCGUUGUGAAAUCAAAUGUCAUGCCUACUCAUAUUGUAUUAUUGAGCUCCACAAAUAGAUUAAAAAUGUUACGAAAGAAGUUUCAUCUCGUCCUUGUGAAAACCACAAACCUAAGAAGCUUCUUUGUUCUCAAUGGUUUUCUUUAUUAAUGUGUGUAGUAUGGUUUACCGUUGAUGGUUAUUUUUUUAUUUUCAAGAUUGUGGUGAUUGAUUAGUGUCAAGAAGGUGAAUAAUUGUAAUCAAUUCGUAAGGGUUGUUGUUGUUGUUUAACCAAUUGUACUUUAUUCGGUGUAAAAAAAGUACUUUAAGUGGGGCUUA